AUGGUGAAGGACGCUCAAACAACCGCUCUGUCCGCACCUACGGGCGCCGUGAUUCCAGGCGUGAUUUCAGGCGUGAUUCCAGGCUUUGCUUCGGAGAGACCAUCAGUGCAGGCCAGGGACGCAGCGGGCCGUGGUACUACUACUAGUAGCGCGGAGAUGGUGCGGGGCGCGGAGUCAGUCAGGAGUCCACGUCGGACGGAAUGGGAGGACUGCUCGCGCUUGCCAGCAGUGGAGGUGCAGGACGUGUUCAUGGCGCCGGACCCUCCAGUCAUCGGCCACCCAUUUGAGCUGCAGCUGCCGGCAGUCGCCAGGCAAACUAUCAAAGGAGGCGAGGUGGCAGUGACAAUAAAGUUCCACGGGCUGCCCGUACAUGUUGAGUACACGGACAUUUGCCAGCAGACAGCGUGUCCUGUGCUCCCUGGGAGCUUCACCUUCCAGUACUGGCGGAAUGUCCCCAGCCUAGCAUUCCCUGGGCCUUACUAUGCACACCUCAUGGCUACUGAUCGUAACAACACGGAGCUUUUCUGCAUAAUCGUCACGCUUAAAGUAGUUAGAGGGGUAGCAGGGGAGGGGGUGGGAGUUGGGCUUGGUUCUCGUGCCAACGUUGGUCGCAGAUAA